GGGCCGAUCCAGGCCGUGGUGCCCCCGGGCAUGGCCCUGACCCCGCGGGACGGCACCCGCGUGUUCCAUGACUUGGAGCUGGUGCAGAUCCGUGUAAUUCAAGAAGAAGGGCAAGGAAAGAGUGCAGGAAGCAAGGCGGCAGAGAAAGCAGCAGACACGCUCCUGAUGGAGAUUGACAGAGACAUUGAUACCAUUACAUUUGAAAAUAACAUCCAGAAACUGAACCCAUCAGAAGAGGGGGAAGGAAAGGAAGUUUUUUCCACUGUUGGGGAAGCAAAGACUCAGAGCUGCAAAGGGGGUGAUGAUUUGUCAGACUUAUUCAAUGGAAGUAAAGAGCAGGAAUAUCCAACUGCAUCAGAACAAACAGUUGUAAGAAAUCUCAAGAAUCUAAAAUUUGAGGCUUGUGCUCCACAUCAGGAUAAAGGAGAAAAAGAAUUCAACUGUUUUUUCUGCACAUUCACCUCAGUCAAGUUAUCGAGUCUCAGGCGUCAUUUGAAAACCCAUUCGGAUGAGAAACGUCACGCGUGUCACCUCUGCCCCAAGGCCUUCCGUACAGCAGCUCUGCUGCACAACCAUGUCAACACACAUACAGGGAACAAACCCCAUAAAUGCAGUGAGUGUGACACAGCCUUUGUGACCCGAGGGGAGCUUGCACGACACAGGAGGUACAAGCACACUUUGGAGAAGCCUUUCAAGUGCACUAUAUGUGAAUACUCCAGUGUAGAAGCCAGCAAGAUGAGACGCCACGUUCGCUCGCACACCGGAGAGCGGCCCUACCCCUGCCACCUGUGCAGCUAUGCCAGCAAAGAUGCCUACAAGCUGAAAAGGCACAUGUUGACUCACACAGGUGAAAAACGCUAUGAAUGUUACGUUUGCCAAGCCAGAUUCACUCAGAGUGGUACCAUGAAAAUCCAUGUGUUACAGAAACAUGGAGAAAAUGUGCCAAAACACCAAUGUCCACAUUGUAGUACUUUCCUGUCCCGAAAAAGUGACUUGGGUGUCCACCUGAGGAAUCUGCAUUCCUACAUGGAAGAGGCCGUGAAGUGCAGGGACUGUGAGGCAGCUUUCCACGAGCGCUACGCCUUCCUUCAGCACAGGAAGACCCACAGGAGUGAGAGGAGCUUCAGGUGUGCUCAGGUGUGCACGUGUAACCAGAGUAAUAUAUGUAAGCAUGCUGAAAAUUGUGGAUUGGUGAAGGCAAAAACUGCUACACCCAGAAAAGGAAGCAAAGGCAAAAAUAAAAUCCAUGAGAACCCGAAGCGUGCUAAGCCAGAAGUUGCCCUGAAAUCAUUCCCAGAUGACUCUACUGCGAAAAAUGAACAUUGUGCCAGUGAGAUUGUUCCUGUUUCAGAUGGGACAGAAACAGCAGCUCCAAGGGAACACAGAGCAGAAGCAACUCAUUAAAUGUAUCCUCAACAUGUUGGACCAAUAAUGCACAAACAGACUGGUCUUCUUUGUCCUCAGCAGUUGUAACUGAGCAGCUCAAAGGUGGAACUACCUCCACUUAGAAGGGUGGAAAAGAUGCUGGUUGGAAGCUGUUGAAGCCCUCCUGUGCUCAUGUUUCUCCUUGCUGCAGUUUCUACUGUGAACACCAUUGCAAAGUGUAAAAGUUAGAGGUAAUUUUCACCUGGUUUAUUACAUACAGGUAAUAACAGAAUGGCAAAAAUCAGCUCAUUUCAGAGUUAUUUAUUAAACAAUAGAUUGGUUGUUUCCCCUUACAUUUGUUUUUUUCCAGCUUUACUCAUAGAAUUGCAGAUCUGAGGCAAGUUUAUCCCUCAGUAUCACUGAGAGCUGCCUGAAUUUCAGUGUUUGUAAUUUGCUGAGGUGAGCAAAUGAAAGGCAAUGAUUUUUUAGUACAAGGUACAUUUACUAACUCUCCUUUCUGCAGACACUUCAGUUUCUAAUCGAAUUCAUGAUGCAAUAGAAUGAAUGACACAAUUUUGUGGAAAAGCACCAUUUCUUAUGCCUCAUACUACUGGUAAUUGGAAACUUAUCUUUUGUCUGAGUUUUUCUCAACUCAGUUAGCUGGGCAGACACAACUGCAUGACAUAAAUGAAGCAGGAACAGGGUGGCAGACAAGUGUGGAGGACCCCCACAUUCUGGGAGUGUAAAACCUUCUGUGACCUUAAGCUCUUUUUUGAAUGCAGGUGGGAUCUGAUGAAUGCAGGUGGGUUUUCUUUAACCAGCCUUGCAAGUGUUCCCAUGUAAAUCUGUGAUCCUCCAUUUAGCACCAGAUCCAAACCAUACCCACGACUUUGAUUUUAAUUAGAUCUUCAAUAAAGCACAACUGUGUUAUUUAGGAAAGUUCAUGUUUAUAGUACACUUAAAAAUCAGAAAAUAAUUUAACUGUCAAAUACAUUUCUCUAACUUUCCUUAGGUUAUAAGAACUACUGGGUUUAACUCUUCAUAAUUUUUAGGGUCAUUACAGUAAGUACUAUUAAUUUUUAUGAUUCAUUACAAUGAUCACAAUUGCCAUUUAUGCACUGUUCACACAUUUUUUGUCAUUUAUAAUUAAUACUUGGAAGCCUCAUAAAAUCUUAAAUACUUUUUAAAUAUUCAUCUUUAAUGCUGCUAUUCUUAUGUUACAUUUCAUUAUAAAUAAGUAGCAGCAUAACUAACAAAUAUUAAUAAUAUUAGGUCAUGUAACAGCUGAAUUUAAUUGAAAUGCCAAACCCUCAUCCCAGAUUCAAGAUUAACAUCUGUGUUAACUUCAUUAUGGUGUGGAAUUUGACCAGCAUUAAAUGGUUUGGGUUUGCAGGCUGGGCAGGCUGUGGUUGCAGGUUCUGCUGAUGUGGUCAGGGACAGAGAAUUCCUGUGCUGUGCACCCCAGGUGAGCUGCAGGCUCACAGCAGCUGCAGCUUUGCUUUGAAAAAUGAAACAAUGAAACUUGACGUUUUUGCCAGUUAGUUUAUUAACACAGCAUCUUUAUCCUGUACUUGGUGACCUGUCUACAUUCCUGUUCUAGGGGAACUUCUGUAAUUCAGCUGCUGUUCUGUGACCCAAAGCAGUGCCAGGAGCUCUGUGCCAGAGUCCCCAGUAUCUCUGUGCUCAGUGAGCAGAUAAGGGAGGAUGGUGGGAUUAGCAGCAGAAAAUUGCAGUCUUAAAUAAAUAAUCCCAUUUACAGAGCCCACACCAAAGGCCUCACCAAGACCUUCAUCAGUCAUCUCAGUCAAACACAUGAACAGGAAUUACCACUUUGGUAACAGAAACCUUCUUCAGUGUUGUAGCAAGCUCUGAAAAGUCAGAGGGCUUGAAUUCAUUUAGAUUCCUUAUUGAUUCUGCCCCUCCAUUACAGAUCUGUUACUUCAGUGUUUAUGAAGGUUCAUAUUGAUUGCUCUGUGUCUCUUCUCCUGCUGGUAAAAUUUCAGGAAGUUCAUUUGUUCUUACAAGUGACAGGACUUAAGAAUACUUUUGUUCAUUAUAAUUGCUUAAAUAAUAUUGUUAACUUUAUUCUUGUUGAGCUGUUUCCAUUUGUGUUAUAAAUUCUAAGCAGCAGAUUGCUUGGUUAAAAUUAAUUUUAGAAGUUGUUUAAAUUCCUUGAUCAAUUUGCUGAAUAUAUAUUGUUCAUUUGAAUUGUUAAUAACAAAGCUGACUCAUUCUGUGCUGACAUCUAAAAAUCAGACUACAUAGAGUGGAAUGUGAAUGUAGUAAUAAAAGAUAUUUUUAUCUCUGAA